CCUAAAGACGCCUCCAGUUGCCGGCUGGUCCAUGCUGCCGUCUGUCUAAAGCCCUAAUCACGCUGAAAUUAUGAAAAUCAGAGACACGCGCCCGCGGUCUUUCACUUCUCGAGUCCUGAUUUACUUGCCUUAACACCGCUCCCGACUCAGUCGUAUCACUAUCACACAGUGUGAUCGCGUCGCCAAACCUCAGGCCCCGAACAUGCUCAGUACUGCAGCCAAGCUAAGGUAGCCGACCCAACUGGACAACUGCAGGUAACCAUGGCUGUCGCUGCAGCUUCCCGUCCUGCGCCCCAUGGACAGCGCUCGCCAACCCUCAGCGAUGCGGGCAUGAUCCUACCAUCUUUUGCGACCGACUUUGAGCACGAGGAGGCUUUGCCUACUCCCUCUCCAGAGCGUCCCCCGUCGCCGUCCGACCUCUACAAGCAGGCAAACUCAAGUCGAGUCAGAUUAAGUUCCGCACCCCAGGGCCGGCGCCGCGCUUCACAACAAACAAAAUCCCCGUCCCUAUCAGCACAGUCCUCGCGCUCCACGCUGCGCAACAUGCCCGACUCAGAGGCAACUCCUAAGAAUGUGCUUGCCCGUGACGAUGCUUUUGCUUCGUCUCCCACGAUCCAGAAUGCACUGAACAGCCACUCACCUGGCAACUGGCACGGGCAAGACCACCACAAGAUUAGUCCUACUUCAAGUUCCAUCUUCAGCGAAGACUUUGAGCAGUGGCCUGGGUUCGAUAGCCACGACAGCUUCGAGGACAGCGGAGUAGAUCUUGAAGAGCAAGAAAAGCGCAACCACUCCAUGCAGGACAGCGACGCUGGCGACGGCAUGGGCAACGAGCGAUGGCACGAGGACCGUACUAGUGGCAGCGACGACGAUGACGACCCGUACUCAUCUGCCGCGCUCAGCAGGAGGGCAGAGAUCAUCUUGGCCAAUGCGAAGAAGCGGCUGAAUGUAAUGGAGGGUAACCUCCGCGGCGCACGAGAAUCACUCGUUGUCUCGCCCACCUUCAAUUCGAGAAACCAAUCUUCCGACUUGACCUCACACAUAGCGGCAAGUCGCGACCGUGACCGACGAUUGUAUGCGGGCAUGGGACCAAUACCUCCGCGCAUCCAUUCAUAUCGCCAGUCUCUCCUCACUCCCCACGGCAGUAGCCCCGGCCACACACGGGGUAUGAGCGAGACGUCGGUGCCACUGCCGUUCACGCCUUCAUACUCGUACCUGACCCGAACUACAUCCAACAAGCGAUCUUCCAGUGCAUUUGGCCACACCAGCGGCCCGUGGUCGCCCGAAGGCUACGGUCAGGGACGCUUUCCUAUCAAGGAGUCCCGAAGCGUUGAGCACCUUCGCAAUCCUCGUACAACAUGGAGCAGUAGUGACCGCGAGCAUGCUGCAAGGUCCGCCUCAAGAAGUUCAAGAUCCCCGACUGCACUGGAGACUUUGCCAGAGGAUGAAGACGGCGCGAGGGUACAUCGGUCCACUUCUGCAGCUAGUGGUCUUCGUGACCAGAUGAACGACCUCAAGGGCAGAAUUUCCAGUCUGAAGCUGAAGGCACAAGAAGACCAUCUUCGACGCCGAAGCAUGCAAAGCCUACGCGCACCGAGCCCCUUCACGUCUUCCGAGACAUGGCAUCCAGGGAACACAACAAACGCUGGUUUGGGUAUCACGACGGAUCCCUACGAAGAACAAGAACGUCCGUUGACAGCCACUACCACCACCUCUCAGAAACACGGCGAGAAACUCGUUACUCACUUCAGCAAACAAGGUCAAGGGGCCAACGCGUACUCCGUUCAGCCCUACGACCAGGCUGAGGAGGAGUCGGGUGCAUCAACAGCGUUUGAAGACGACGACGAUGCUGAUGAGACUGAGUCUGAUUUCGUCUCGGUCAAUGGAGACGACGAAGAACCUGGCCCUGAUAGUGUGUAUGAGGACGCUGUUUAUGAGAUGCCUGUAACAGAACGACACGAAGAUCGUAUAGAUGCAUUCGAUUACGAGACAUUCUUCCUGCACAGUGCGAUGGGAACCUACAGCCUAGAAGAUCGCCGAUCGAGUACCAGUUCUGGUACUUCUACCGAAACGACCCGACCCGUGACAGCUGUCCAGACCACUGACGAUCUGAGCACCGCUGAGAAGAGAGUCUCUAUCCACCAACGGAACCCCAGCGUCGACUCGGUCUCGACUGUCGCCACGUUUGCUACUGCAGCAGAAGAACAAGACGACGAUGACGACGACGAUAAGAAUGAGCAUAUGGAUCAAUUCUCCCAGCAGAUAAUGUCAAGCCAAAAUCGGGUGCCCUCUCGCCCUGGCACCCAGAACGGCCUCCUCUCAUUACGCUCCGACUCGGCGAUCAAUAUGCGACGCGGCAACGGCGCAUCUCCAACACAAUCAUCACUAUCACGUGGCUCAUCUUCGCCUGGAGAGCUUGCCAGCGGACUUCAAACCUCGAGGAUAUUCUCUAUCCUCACAGAAGGCAGCAGGGACGAACCACGGGUAGCACUGAGCGAAGAAGAGACACAACUCAUCUACGGGCUUGCCUCGAGCAUCCAGAAUGUCUGCUCCAAUCUGCAACACACAUAUGGUGAUGCAUACGAACGCAAGGCAUGGCGACGAAGACUUGAUGAAGCCCGCAAAAUACUUAAUGGCGAGGACAUUGAAGACGACCAGUCCUUUUAAUGCGCCGCAAUCGUUCUCUUGAUUUUCCUUUCUCCCGACUUACGGUAAUGUCUAACUCGACUGCAGCGGUUUAGCGUCUCGUCUCCACUUUCACGAGCUUACUCGAUAUCAUGUGUAAUUUCGGGUCAUUCCCUACUUUCUUUCGAUCCCACCAUUUCUUUUGCUUUGGCAGAUGUGCUGUAUUUUGUUUAGGAGGUCAUGACUAUUGGAUUAUAGAUAAUUUCUCUUAUGUGUAUUGAUACCCGGGAAGCGGCGGUGGCGGGGUCAUAGGACUCCGGUGUAUGUGGACACGUUUUUUUCCACAUGGCAGUGCAGGUACUUCUUAGCUCUAGAAUCUAACAAGCCCAUCUUCCACGUACGUAGGGCUGCCAGAACCAAUCUACGAUCUACAAACCCAAUCUACAGAUCUGCGCACCC